UGCCAACAGCAAUCGGUGGAUUCCGCCGCCGCAGUAUGGAUUCGGCAAGAGGACAAGAUUCUUGAGCAGGCUCUGGUGGAAUUCCUGGAAGGAAUCGACCACCGGUGGCGGAGAAUAGCUGAAUUUCUUCUGGGUAAAUCGCCAGACGAGGUCAGACUGCAUUACGAGGCUCUCUUGCAUGACAUCGUCGAGAUAGACUCGGGCCACGUUGAGCUGCCGGGUUAUUCGGAUGAGUCUGCGCCGCUUGGGUGGGACGAGCAUGCCAGGCCGAGGGCGCCGGCUCAAAUCUCAUUCGGUGGUGGGAACCGCAGUCGGCACUCUGAAGUUGAACGGAAAAAGGGCACGCCAUGGACAGAAGAUGAACACAGGAGUAGACUUUGAGGUGUUUGACUGUUGAAAAUUAGGUCUACGCGCUAUACUCAGGCAGGUCGAGCCAGUAUGCUG